AUGUCAGCAAUGAAGUAUGCAUUUGUCGCUGUCAUUUUGGCAGUUAUCUGCUUAGUUCAAGUUAGCGAAGCAAAUUACAAGACCGCUCCAAUGAAUGGUAUUAUGUUUGGCAAGAGAGGUCCUUCUGAAUAUGAGAACAGAGCCAAGGCAUUUACUGCCCUCUGUGAAAUUGCCACUGAAGCUUGCCAAACCUGGUUCCCUUCGCCGGAAAAUAAGUAG